GUUCGACGCGUUACAGCAAUGGGAAAACGCAAGGCAGUAGAGAGCUCAGAAGAAGAGAGCGAAGCCCAGUCUACUGGAGAGUCUUCCGCUGAGGAGACCGUCCCCAAAGCCAAGAAGAUGUCCAAGGUCCAGACAAUAAAGAAACCAGCAAGCUCUCGCAAGAAAAGCAGUAAUGAUAGCGAUGAAGAAGAAGAGGCCCCCAAACCUUCCAAAAAGCCCAAGCGCGACGCGACAGAGAAGGGCGCAUCGUCGUCUGCAGGCCCAUCUUCCUCUGCAAAAAUCAAAACCAACAAACAGGGAGAGAAGUACAUCGACCUCGGCAAGAAAAAGUUCGCGACUGUCAGAACGUUCAAAGGCAAACCAUUACUUGACAUUCGCGAGUUCUGGGGUGACGACGAUGAUUUGAAACCCGGCAAGAAGGGAAUCAGUCUGAACCUUGAACAGUGGCAAGCACUUCGAGAAGGGAUCGACGACCUUGACCGACUCAUCAAAGAGGUCUCGUAAAAUACCACUGGCUCUGCUUUCGUCUUUCUUGUUCGUCAUUCU